UUUCUAUGUAUACUUGCAUGUUCUCCUUUGCUGCUUGCAUUGUUAGAAAUGACAAAAACAAGCCAGAUUGAUUUCUAGAGGCCAAUGGCAGGUAACAUGAAAGUCAUUCAUUUUUACCCAGUUCUUAUGUUUGUGGUUGAAAUGGAUGUAUGGUUCUGUAAAGGUUUGUAAACUCUGUAAUGUUAGAGCUGCUAAUUUUGUUUCUAGGUAAUGGUGGCAUACUUUCUGUGCCCAGCAGAGAAAACGGCAAAUCACUGUUUACAAAUAACUUGCCCCAUGUACCAUGAGAAAGCCCGACAGUUCAUUGAAUAUGGAAUAAUACUACCAAACCCAGUUCCAACUGUGUCUAAAGUCAAAAGUAAGAAAAUGGUGCACUUUGUACAAUGUGAAAACCCUCAGGUGCAAAAUGUGGUCAAAAGUGGAUUUCAGCUUUUGGACAAGGCUCGUUCAUUCAUUGCAGAUUCUGUGCGAGAGGGAAAGCUCACGCAAGAUAGAGGAAGAUCCUACUUCAAAGAGAUAUUGCACACAGUAUUAUUUUUUGGGAACAUUAAUGAUCCUGUCAUUGAACCCAACUCAUUUUUUAAUAAAAUUGAAUUUGAGCUAUUAUCUGCCUCGUACCCAGAUGUCUUUCGGAAUUACAACACCCACCUUCCAACACGCCCUCCUUUCACGGUGCUACUUGAUGCUGUUGUUGAAAUCUUGGGAACAAGAAAAACUGAUGAAGUUUUGAAGUUCCUGUUGCAUCUGACUGAACAAAUGGUUCUGGAACUUUCUGAUACUAAAAGUAACAAAUGUGGAAAUAUCUUUGUAUCAAAAGCCAUCAGCCACUGCUAUUUUUGGAAUCUUCACAUCACAAAUGAGAAAACAGACAAUUAUUUUGGUGCUUCAGUGUCAUGUAGAGGAAGACAGCAGAAAGAAAUUAUGAUCGAUAUAUUGUGCUGUAAAACAUGGCACCAGGAUAUUAGCCUGGCAGUAUGUAUUGGCAACUGGUAUAAAAACCAAUGUCUUUUGUUCCCUGAAGCCAUAUACUCCAUGGCUUACAAUAUAACUUUCAGUGAAGAAAGCCCUUCUGAAGCAGGCACUGCAUCAAACAAUCAACAUGAGCACACUGUGGUGAGAUCAGGAGAUGUCCAGAAUACUGAUGGUCCGGAAAAUAACUCAACUCUUAAGCAACGUGCGUAUUUAAAACCCAGAGCACCUUGUGAGAGAUGCCUCAGCAUGUUCCCGAACAUAAUUUAUCAUCCAAGGCCAGAACACCAUGAACAUCCAUAUUGGGAAUAUGGGAACUGUGCUGAGUGUGAAUCCUUAAGCCAGCUUCUGUAUGCAAACCCGCAAAUUGCCAUGAGGCUUGGGCAUUUUGUACAGACAACAAUUCUAUACUGUCCAACCAAACAAGUUCAUCUACCAAGUGAUCUGAUUCUUAGAAAACACCGAAGACUCAGAGAAAAUCUCAAAUCCCUAGGGUUUAAUGUGGGUGACCAUUUAUCAUUUUAUGAUCCAUCUGGUGCAGACAGUACUGCACUAGAAGUAUUUCAAUCUUGAUAGUAUAUUUUCAAAUAGACUUUUUUCCAUAAUUCAAUGAAUUUCUGUAUCAUAGAUUGCAGGAGACAAAUUGGCCUUUUAAGUUUUAAGUAUAGUGGUCAAUAAAACUGUUUGCUGAGGUAUCCCUUGCAUUCAGCAUUGCUAGGAUGCAAAUGGUAGAACACAUUAAAUAAUGCAUCAUUUGCAUAUCAUCAUGAAAUGCCAGCCCGUAAAUAUAUCCUAAAUAGCAGCAAAAAGAAUAAGGACCAGAAAGAGUGUUCACAAUGUUGUAGAAUUUCAUAGUCUGUUUGUGGAGUCGCAGUUAAGUUGUUGCAAUACAACAAUGCAUUGGAAGUUUUCAUCUUCAUAUUAAAAUCACUUCACAGCCUCACUCUUCCUUAUUUCUGUACACCAGUCCUACAAUCCACUUAGAAAACCAGUUUUCAUCAAUCCGCUUGUCCAUUCACUAUGCUAUUGGCAGCUGUGCCUUUUGCUAUCUAAGUGCUCAACUCUGGAUUCUCACAUGAAACUACCUUUCCAAAUUUUCAGCCUUUUUUUAAGAGCUAUCUAAAAAUCUAGCUCUGACCAAGCUUCAGUCACCCCUCAUAAUAUCUCCUUCUUUGUCUUAGAAUCAGUUUGGCCUGAUGAAGCACCUUUCAAUGACUUAGAAUGUACCAGAGACUGUCAGACCAGAAGUGAUAGCUCUUAAAUGGAAGCAAUGUACUUACUUCUGUGUGUUCAUGAAGAGAAAGUAGGUGUUGCUCUAAAUCCAAGAAACGUAGUUGAGCUGCUACCACUACAGGAUACCCUCUUACGCAGCCGCAAGACCAUCCCAUACUUACCCUCACUCCACCCGAUAACAUACUUUGUUGGGUUUUUUUUGGCUGUCUGCCUUUGAGUUGCCUGGUAUUGUGCCAGCCUGAACUCAGCAGGUUGCCACUGGGCAUUUAUUUGAGGAGGACAUUUUGCUGGCUCCAUUUAAAUGAGGCUUCGCCAUUAAAAUGGUCUAUCAGCCACCACCCUCCCCAAAUGCCCGAUGGUCCACUCUUGAAAUUGUCCAUUCAGUCAUCAGGGAGUUUAAGUUCCUUCUUAUGAUAAAAAAUAUAAUGAAACUUGGAAGUAAAUAAAAAAAAAUUAGUUGCAAUGCCACCAAUUACCAGGAACAACAUUAAAAAUAUUGCAACUAAAUGCUGUAAAAUCACGAAUAACAACUCUCGAUUUCAUGAGUGCUCUGUGCGUGGAGUAUUGUGAGCAGUUUCCCUCACCAAAGAUGACAAUGUAUCUACAGAGAGAGUUCAGUGGAGGUGCACCAGAUGAAUUCCUGUGAUGACAGGACUGACUUUUGAGGAGAGAUUCAGGGCAGUAGGCCUGUAUACUCUAGAGUUCAGAAGAAUUCGAAAAGAUUGCAUAGAAAUUUACAAGAUAAUUAAAAGGAUGACCAAGGUAGACGCAGGAAGCAUGUUUAUCUUGGCUGUGUGCUCUGGGUGGGAGUGGGCAGGAAGAUUCUGGAACCAGGGGAUACAGUGUCAGACGCAAGCCAAUUAGGAAUGAGGUUAGGAGAAACAUUGUUUAAUUCAGAGGCUAUUGAACAUUUGGAUUUCUUUACCUUGUGAUUGCCUUCCGCUCUCAAGAGAAGGGGAAGUAGGUCCCCAGAUCAUACCAAAAUAGAAAUCAAACCCACAUUGUUGGCAUUAUUCUGAACCACACCCUAGCCAACUUAGGUAACUACCCCCACAACCUUAAAUAUGUACAAUCUUCGAUGAAUCGGUUUAUCAAUAAGGUUUACUUAAAUUGCUGUCUUUAGUUUACCUGGAAAUAUCACUUUGAGUUAGAUUUUUAUGUGAACGUCACUGUAUACUAAGUGCCAGUAGGAAAUUACACAUUAAUUUGUAUGCAAAAUUACAAUUAUGUUCACAGUGAAUGUAUGCACUUCUUGAAAUAAAAACACUUGAAAUAGAA